CACUGAGUCGGGAGCGUGAGUCUUGGAGCGGAGGCUCCGUGUGGGAGAGAGGAGCGGAAAACGGGGAACGACAGAACAGAGAAGCGGAAGGAGGGAAGAAAGAAAGAAAUAAGAAUUCGUUACCUGCAAUCUCUUUGAUCCCGAUUAAAUCUCUUCCCUGUUCUAUCGGAAAUGGUUUCUCCGUAAAGAUCGUGUCUGGAUCCCUGCCCCGUCUCUUUGUCGUGGAAGCGUUCGAGAAUGGAGCUCCGGAGAUCUCAUGGAUUUAGGAUUUCGAGGGUUAUGAUCGUUCUCUGUGUCCUGCUGAGCUUCUCAGGAAACCUGGUUUUCGGUGAGGUUCGCCGGCCCAAGAACGUCCAGGCGUCUCUUCGGGCGAAGUGGUCCGGGACUCCGCUCCUCUUGGAAGCCGGGGAAUUGUUGUCAAAAGAAUGGAAAGACAACUUUUGGGAGUUUAUUGAUGUCUGGCACGAAGCAAAGUAUGAUUCUGAUGCUUCAACUGCCAGAGGCUGCCUCCAAAAAAUUGUCAGCUAUGGCCGUUCUCUUCUAAAAGAACCAUUGUCAUCUGUAUUUGAGUUUACUCUGGUUCUCCGGUCAGCAUCUCCAAGAUUGGUGCUCUAUAGGCAACUAGCUGAGGAAUCUAUCUCUUCAUUUCCUCUAGCUGAUGAAACUGAUUCAACAAAUGCUAGUUCUGAAAUUUUAGAUCCAGGUGAAAGGCCAAAUGGCAGGAGAACGGAUAAUUUCUUGGUUAGCAAGAACCCUGCAAGCAUCAGAGGGAAAUGUUGUUGGACUGAUACUGGUAGCACUAUCUUCUUUGAUGUCCAAGAAUUGCUGCUGUGGCUUGAUUCCGCUGAUGACUUAUAUGAUACCACACUUGAACAACCAGAACUUUUUGAUUUUGAUCAUGUAUAUCCUGAGUCAAGUGUUGGAAGCCGCAUUGUGAUCUUAUAUGGAGCUCUUGGUACACAAUGUUUCAAAGAAUUUCACGUGGCUCUUGUAGAAGCUGCUAAGAAGGGAAAAGCUAGAUAUGUUGUUAGGCCAGUAUUGCCAUCUGGAUGUGAACUGGAGGCCGGGCACUGUGGUGCAGUUGGUGCAGGUGGUUUUGUAAACCUUGGUGGUUAUGGAGUGGAGCUUGCAUUAAAGAACAUGGAGUACAAGGCUAUGGAUGAUAGCACUAUGAAGAAAGGUGUCACUCUAGAAGAUCCUCGUACAGAAGAUCUCAACCAAGAAGUUAGGGGGUUUAUUUUCUCUAAAAUUCUGGAACGAAGACCUGAGCUGUCCAAUGAGGUCAUGGCUUUCAGGGAUUACUUGUUAUCAUCAUCAGUAUCUGACUCACUGGAUAUUUGGGAAUUAAAAGAUUUAGGUCAUCAAACAGUUCAACGGAUUGUUCAUGCCUUUGAUCCCUUACAGUCAAUGCAGGAAAUCAAUCAGAAUUUUCCUAGCAUUGUUUCUUCCUUGUCACGUAUGAAGCUUGAUGAUUCUGUAAAAGAUGAAAUUGUUGCAAACCAGCGGAUGGUGCAGCCAGGCAAAUCUUUAAUGGCAUUGAAUGGAGCUGUUCUAAACAUUGAUGAUAUUGAUCUCUACUUGUUGUUGGACAUGGUCCAUGAGGAGUUGUCAUUGGUUGAUCAGUUUGCCAGUUUGAAGAUUCCUUCAAGCACAAUAAAGAAGUUAUUGCUGUCUCCACCACCUUCGGAAUCUGUAACAUUCCGUAUUGAUUUUCGUUCUGCCCAUGUGCAUUACUUAAACAACUUGGAGGUGGAUGCUAUGUAUAGGCGUUGGAGAAGCAACAUCAAUGAGCUAUUGAUGCCAGUUUUCCCUGGGCAGCUUCGUUAUAUACGAAAGAAUAUAUUCCAUGCUGUUUAUGUAAUUGAUCCUGCUACUACAUGUGGGCUUCAGACUGUCGAGAUGAUUAUGUCUUUGCAUGAAAAUAAUGUCCCCAUGAGAUUUGGGGUGAUUCUUUUUUCAUCAUCCCUGGUUAAGAACAUUGAAGCCAAUGAUGGGGAACUCCCCAAGGAUACUUCAGCAAAAUCUAGUCUUAACAAGGAAGAGGAUAUCUCAAGUUUGAUUAUACGUUUCUUCUUAUACAUUGAGGAGAACUAUGGGACAAGCCUAGCCUUCUCUUUCUUGUCUGAAGUAAAUGUGCUGUCUGAAGGUUCUGCUAAUAGCUUGGAGUUACAUCACGUUGAAGCAGCAUUCGUUGAGACAUUGAUGUCUAAGGUCAAAUCCCCGCCUCAAGAAAUCUUAUUAAAGAUUGAGAAGGACAUACUAUUCAAGGAAAAGGCUGAUGAAAGCUCCUUGUUCGUAUUCAAGCUAGGGGUAUCUAAGCUUCAAUGUUGCCUUCUGAUGAAUGGGCUUGUUCAUGAGCCCACUGAGGAGUCAACGAUAAAUGCGAUGAAUGAAGAGCUCCCUAGAAUUCAAGAACAAGUUUAUUAUGGUCAUAUUGAUUCACACACUGACGUUCUUGAGAAGUUGCUUUCUGAGAAUGGUUACGUUCGCUACAACCCUCGUAUUGUUACGGAGGGUAAAGGUCAAAAGAAGUUUAUUUCUCUCACCAAAGAAGCCCUCUGUGGAGAUUCAGUGCUAGCUGAUAUCAGUUACUUGCAUCCUCCUGAAACUGUUGAUGAAACAAAGCAAAUAACUCAUCUUAUAGCUGUUGAUAUCACAUCAACGAAAGGGAUAAGGCUUCUUCAUGAAGGAUUGCAUUACCUGAUGAGAGGUCGUAAAAGUGUCCGUGUUGGCUUUCUGAUGAAUGCAAAUGAUAGUGCAGUAUCUUCAAGAUCAUCUUGUCUACUAUUUGCAAAGCUCUUUGAAUCAACCACCUCCUUAUUCAGCCAUAAGCCAAGGGUGUUGGACUUCUUGGAUCAGUUGACCUCUGUCUAUGAAAGUGAUUAUAUGCAUGAUGCAUCUUCAAGUGGUGAAAAGAUGCAGUCAUUUGUGGAUUAUGUCUCUGAGCUAGCUGCAACUAAUGGCUUAACGACAAAAAUAUUUAGAACGGUUUUGUCUGAAUUUUCUGCUGAAGGAGUAAAGAAGAGUUUGGAUAAGGUGGCAAAUUUCCUAUAUAGACAAGUGGGCAGUUCUUUUGGCACGAAUGGUGUAAUCACCAACGGAAGGGUAAUUUUAUGUGAUGAUGGAGACGCUUUGGUAAGUGAUGAUUUAAGUCUUUUAGAAUCGAUGGAGUCUGAACAGAGGGUAAAGAGUAUUGCAGCAAUAAUUGAAGAAGCAGAAUGGCAAGAUUUUGAUCCUGAUUCCUUGACAAGCAAAUUUUUCAGUGAUGCUAUUAUGUUUGUAUCUUCAUCAAUGGCCACCCGUAAAAGAAGUUCUGAGAGACUGCGGUUUGAAGUUUUAAAUGCAAAAUACAGUGCUGUUAUACUAAACAAUGAAAAUUCCACCAUCCAUAUUGACGCUGUUAUUGAUCCCUUGAGCUCUGCGGGCCAGAAGCUUGCGCCUCUGCUUCGUGUGUUACGGAACCUUGUGCAUCCUAGCAUGAGAAUUGUACUUAAUCCUGUGAGUUCUCUGGUCAACCUUCCUCUGAAGAAUUACUACAGAUAUGUGGUGCCGUCUAUGGACGACUUCAGUUCUCUUGACUUCUCAAUAACUGGACCAAGGGCUUUUUUCCCAAAUAUGCCAUUGUCCAAAACUCUUACUAUGAAUCUUGAUGUCCCUGAUCCAUGGCUCAUUGAGCCAGUCAUUGCAGUCCAUGACUUGGACAACAUAUUGCUUGAAAACCUUGGAGAUGUUCGGACAUUGCAAGCUGUUUUUGAGCUUGAAGCACUUCUUUUGACUGGCCAUUGCUCUGAGAAGGACCAUGAUCCUCCCCGAGGCCUUCAAUUUAUUCUUGGAACAAAGGCUUCACCACACUUGGUUGACACCCUUGUGAUGGCUAACUUGGGUUACUGGCAACUGAAAGUUUCUCCUGGGGUUUGGAAUCUCCAGCUUGCUCCAGGUAGAAGUGCAGAUCUUUACAUGAUGCCUGAAAGUGAAAGUGGAAAUCGACAAAGUGGUAAGCAGAUUGUGAUAUAUGAUCUAAGAGGAAAGUUGGUGUACCUGGAAGUAAUGAAGAGGAAGGGUAAGGAACAUGAGCAAUUAUUAACUGCAGCUACUGAUGAACAUGCGGAGAAAAGGAAGGAAGAUGGUAUCAGUGGUUGGAAUGCAAAUAUACUGAAGUGGGCAUCAGGCUUAAUUGGAGGGGGUGAGCAAUCCAAGAAGAGACAUGUACCUUCUGGGGCACAUGAAAAAUUUGGAAGGCGUGGAGUCACAAUCAAUAUAUUUUCUAUUGCCUCUGGUCAUUUGUAUGAGCGUUUUCUUAAGAUUAUGAUCCUUAGUGUCCUUAAGAACACCCAUCGGCCAGUGAAGUUUUGGUUCAUAAAGAACUAUCUGUCGCCGCAGUUUAAGGAUUUCAUACCGCAUAUGGCACAGGAGUAUGGGUUUGAUUAUGAGCUUAUUACCUAUAAAUGGCCUACCUGGCUGCAUAAACAGACAGAGAAACAACGAAUCAUCUGGGCGUACAAAAUUUUAUUCCUUGAUGUGAUUUUUCCACUUUCUCUAGAAAAGGUGAUUUUUGUUGAUGCAGAUCAGGUUGUGAGAGCGGAUAUGGGUGAACUGUAUGAUAUGGAUAUAAAAGGUCGACCUCUUGCUUACACACCUUUUUGUGAUAACAAUAAGGAAAUGGAUGGUUAUCGAUUUUGGAGACAGGGUUUCUGGAAGGAUCACCUACAAGGCAGGCCAUAUCAUAUAAGUGCAUUGUAUGUUGUUGAUUUGGUAAGAUUCCGUCAGACUGCUGCUGGAGACAAUUUAAGAGUAUUCUAUGAGACUCUCAGUAAGGAUCCAAACAGUCUCUCGAACCUGGAUCAAGACCUUCCUAACUAUGCGCAACACACGGUCCCCAUUUUCUCUUUACCUCAAGAAUGGCUAUGGUGUGAAUCUUGGUGUGGGAACGCUACAAAAUCGAAGGCUAAAACCAUCGAUCUGUGCAAUAAUCCAAUGACCAAGGAGCCAAAACUUCAGGGUGCUCGAAGAAUAGUCUCCGAGUGGCCAGAACUUGACGCAGAGGCACGAAGAUUCACCGCCAAAGUUUUUGGUGAAGAGUUUGAGCCUUUGGCACCACCCACUGAAGUAUCCGGCAAGACCGACUCCAGUUCUGUUGAUGAUGCAGACGAGGAAUCGAGGUCAGAGUUGUGAUCGACAGAAAGUAGAGAGAGGUUGGUUAUUUGCACCGUGGGAAAUGCUGGUGCUAAUUUUUUGGUCAUUGUAUGUUUCAAGUAUAAAUUAAUUUUUUCCCGUUGUCUACGGAGAAAUGGGAUACGAGAAAUCAUUCUCGUCUCCAAUUAACAAAUUUUGUACAUUCGAGAAUUAUAUAAUCUGGUAAUGGAAGUUUUAUUUGCGCUUA